AUGAGAAAAAUCGAUUGUCUAGUAGAAUCGGUAUCGAGUUUUAGAAAUACUUGAAUUUCAUUUUGCAAGGCGCAUUACCUCAGUUUAAUUUUUAAGUGUUAUAUUUCUAUUCCUUAACAUGUCGAGCGAACUUCAUCGACCCAUUCAAUGCUCCGACAUUAAACCCAAUGUUGCCGUAAGAGGAAAAAUCAAAAGUGUUUACUGUAAAAAUUUUGUCACAUACGGAGAGUGUACAUUUUACCCAACAGAAUACUUGAAUGUAAUUAUUGGACCAAAUGGCACUGGAAAAUCAACGUUAGUGGCGGCUAUAGUGCUUGGCUUAGGGGGCAAACCUGAAUUGCUAUCACGUUCAAGUUCUAUUGGUGAUUACGUAAAAAAUGGGCGCGAUGAAGCCGUUAUAAAAGUUGAGAUCUACCGUGAUACACCCGCAAAAUUUAUGACUUUCGAAAGAAGAUUUCCACGCAAUGGUAAAUCGACAUUCAUGAUUGGGGAAAAUAUCGUGGUGGAGAAAAAAUAUUUGUCGGAAAUAAUGGAAUAUAAAAUUCAAAUUGGCAAUUUGUGUCAAUUUCUGCCACAAGAUAGAGUGCAAGACUUUGCCAAAAUGGAUCCACAAACAAUUUUCAUAAAUACCGUCAAUUCGGUUUGUAGCCAAGAAACAAACAACAAUUUCGAAGAAUUAAAAAAAUUGCGCCAAGAACAGUUGUCUGAGGGUGAUGGCGUUCGAAAAAAGAAAGAGGAAUUGGAGCAGUUACAAACACAUUGCAAUACACUUGAGCAACGUUUGGACCGUUACAAUGAACAACAAGAAUACCAAAAUAAAUUGGAUGUUUGCGAAGCCAAAAAAUUGCAUCUGGAUGCACGCACUUUAGGAGAACAAAAGAAGCGACAAACCAACGAUUUAUUAUUAGCGAAACAUAAACUUGAAGAGGAGCAAAAAGUAUACGAUGACAUAAUGCGGCGUCAAAACGAUAUAGCGAAAACUUCACAGCAACUUGCUAAAGGCGUAGCGCAGAAGGAACAAGAAGAGCAAACGAUUGCGUCAAAAAAACAGAACGUCGAGGAACAUAUAAAAGAAUUAAAAGAUCGCAUAGAGCAGGCACGAACAAUCUAUUCGAAAAAGAAACGCGAAAAGGCAGAUUACGAUAAAGACUUGCAAGAAGAAACUAAAGUGUUGAGUUUGCUACUGCAAGAUCUAACUAAAGUAAAAGAAAAUAACUCAGAAAACGAGUGGAAAGCUGAGAUGAAUGCACUAGCCCAACAAAUACAUAAAAUGAAAGAAGAAUUAGCAGAAUAUAUGAAAGUUCGUUUGGAAAUUAACAGUGAAUUAGAUGAGAAGUAUGCACCAGAAAUUGGGUUUCUAAAGAGACGCUUAGAGCGCGCAAAUGACGUGCAUGCGCAAAAGUUAGAGUUACUAAAAGCAAAAUUUCCAGAUGUUUAUCGAGCAGUGCAAUGGUUAAGGGAUCAUCAGCAGUUGUUUAAAGGCACUGUUUACAAGCCCAUGAUUUUAGAGUUAAGCGUGCUAGAUCCCGAACAUGCCAAAUAUUUCGAAAACAUAAUCAGCCUAAGAGAUCUACUCGCUUUCACUUGCGAGGAUAAAGACGACGUUUCAUUGCUUGUAAGUGAAUUAUGUGUCAAACAGAAACUUCACAUUAAUGUUGGGCAUGCUCCAACUUCUAGUAGAAUUAACUAUCGCCCUGACAUACCAAUCGAGAGCAUAAGGUUUUGCGGUUUUACUGCAUAUUUAAUUGACCUGAUUGAAGGUCCACCAGCAAUUAUUAAUUACUUAUGCAGUCUAAAUCGGAUACAUACUAUACCCAUUGGUACAGCUGAUGUUAAUAAUAAAACUGAUGACAUUCCAAACAACAUAAAUAUUUUCUUUGGCGGUAAUCAAUGUUAUUCUGUUAGGGUUUCCCGUUAUUCAGGUGAAAAGUCCACUAUGCAAAAGCAAAUUAGCGGUAGAAACUUAUUGACCAGUAGAAAUACAAAUGAAAUUUUACAAAAUGAGGCACGCAUGCGUGAAUUAAUACGUGGCAGUGACGUGCUGAAGAACAAACGUACGGCUUUGGAGGCUAAAAUUGAAGAAAUCAAGGUUAAACGCGAAGAUACAAUGACCAAAAUCCGUACAAUCAAAAGCAAGCUGGAGGAGAGACCUAAAUUAGAGGAGACGUGUCGGCGACAGAAGGAUAAAGUGAAACAACUGAAAAACAAUGUUAUUAGUUUACCCGAAUUGGCGCAGAAUUUCAAAGAGAAAGUGAAAAGUUGCUUGCAACAAAUCAUGCAGUUACAAAAUGAAAAAAUACAGAUUUUAAAAAAUUUGCAACAGAUUUUGGUUGAUAAAAAGAUCGCAGUUAUAAAAGAACGAAUAUUUAAGCAAGAAAAUGAAGAAUUAAUUAACAACAUAAAGGAAGCCAAAGAUAACAAGGAUCAAGCAAUGCGCAUGGUCGAAACCGUAACGCGUGCAUUAGAGAAGACUCAGCAGCAAUUGGAAACAAAAGUUGCAGAGGCUAGAAAGGCUAAACAAAAUUGUAAAUCAAUCGAGCUUUUCAAUAUGUUGCCAGAUACUAUGGACGAAUUAAAGGAAGCCAUAAAUGAAUUUAAAGGACGUUUAGAGUGCAUGGGAGAUGUAGAUCAGAAUAUCGCUGCAGAAUUCAGACAGAAAUGUGCCGAUAUCGAAAGAAUUAAGAAUGAAAUGCAGAAUGCCGAACAGAAUCGUCAUGGCUUGGCGGCGCAAAUAAAUACACUGCAUGAGCGUUGGUAUCCCGAAAUCGAAAAUAUUGUUAUGACGCUUAAUAAGCAUUUCAGUGAUUUUAUGACUUCUAUGAAUUACGUAGGUGAAGUGAAUUUGAGCAGACGCGAUGAGCACGAUUACGACACGUACGGCAUACAAAUCAUGGUACAGUAUCGUAGUAAUGCACAAUUACAGGCGCUUGAUCGACACACGCAGUCCGGCGGCGAGCGCGCAGUUGCCAUAGCUACCUACACGCUGUCGCUGCAACACAUCACACACGUUCCUUUUCGCUGUGUGGAUGAAAUCAAUCAAGGCAUGGACGCUAACAAUGAGCGUAAGAUAUUUGAAAUGCUUGUGAAGGAAACAACGCAAGUCGGACGUGCACAAUAUUUCUUUGUGACUCCAAAGCUUUUGCCAAACCUGACGUAUAACGAACGCAUGUCGGUGCACAUAGUAUUCAAUGGCAAAAUGGUACAAACACAAAACACUUUUGCAUUCCAAAUAUAAAGCAUAACAUUUUAUUCAUAAUUGUUUUUUAUUAUUCACUGUUAAUUUUUAUAAAAAAAAAA